AUGGCGUCCACACUGUCGGGCCCCGGGGCUCCUCUGUUUGUCUUGGACCAGCUACAGCAACACAUUGAUGACCCCAGGUGCUCCCCGCCUCUGGCCCGACGCCAACUGGGAUUGGCUCCAGCUCCCACCCGCUACCCUCCAAGGGACAAGCUCAACCUGCAGCAGCAGCACCUGAGCGCCCGCGACCACCGCAGCCGAACGCGCCGAGCGUCUCCCGAGUCCUCGCCCCACGACCACCCCCAGCCCUGCCAGCGGGUCCCCCUCUUUGUUGACUUCGAGGAGAUCGGCUGGUCGGGCUGGAUCAUCUCCCCGCGGGGUUACAACGCCUACCACUGCAAAGGCUCCUGUCCCUUCCCGCUGGGGGGCGGCCUCAAAGCGACCAACCACGCCACGGUGCGCUCCAUCAUGCACGCGCUCAAGCUCUCGAGCGACGAAGUGGGAGCGCCCUGCUGUGUGCCCGACAGACUCCAGUCCAUCAGUUUGUUAUACUUCGAUGAGGAGGAGAACGUGGUUCUGAAGCAGUACGACGACAUGGUGGCUUUAAGCUGCGGCUGUCACUGA